AUGUGGAGAGUGCUGAAGAAGAUGACAGUGUGCACGAGAAGAGCGGUCAUGCUAGACGGAGAACUCUCUAAAUUCUUCGACAUUGAGCAGGGGGUCCCACAAGGUUGCACGCUGUCCCCAACAUUGUUCCAGGUGUUCAUCAACGAUCUGUUGGAAGUCGUAGAGGCAGUCCGGAAGGGAGUAAAAGCAGGGGACACGGAAACGUCGGUUUCAGGAAUGCUGUUUGCGGAUGAUUUUGUCGAGGACCUAUGGAAGGGGCUCGACAUCGACGAAGAUGAAACGCUGGAAACGGAGGGUCUACAGGGGUUCAAGGAGAAGAUAUCUGUUGCUUGUGCCGAGAGAGAAGAACAGAAUCUGAGGAAAGAAUCCAAGGAUAAGGAGGGUCUACAAGUGUCCGGAAUGUUGGAGGAAGGAAUAAGGUUCAAGGAUUACCUACAUGGACUAAUGGAUGCAGGAACAAAGCUUAAGGUCAAAUUCAGGACCGGGGACAUAGGCCUUCGAGAACGUCGACGAAGACAUAGGACGGUAGACGAGGAAGACGACGAGUUCAAAUGUGAUUGCGGCUUCGAAUGCGAAGAUCGUGUACAUGUAGUCGCGGAAUGUCCGUUGUACAAGAAGGAGAGGGAAGUGUACGUGACUGAGCUGGGAAAAACAGAUAGGACGCACACGGAGAUGUUUGAGGCAUGGAAUAGAGAGGAAAGGACGGUAGCUGUACUGGGGCAUAGGAGGUGGGUUGAAAAGGCAGGAAGAGAUAUCGUUAGGAUAGACAGACUAAUAGGGAAGACAUUGUUGAGCCACCUUUGGCGAAGUAGAAAGGAACGAUUGGCCAUAGGUGAUCGGUCCUGUGGGAACAAUGCUCCGUCCUCUCGAGGACGCGUGGUCAAUGGUCUAACCGCUAAGACAUGCAAAACAUAA